AUGAUAGAAGAUAUUAAGAGCUUUGGUGUUUGGCCAAUUCUUGAAGGAGAUGAGAAGUGGCGAGUGAAAAACUUCGACCUAACGUCAUUGCUGAUCCAUGCGUCACAAAUUCGUAGCGUCGAUGUGUUCAUCUCCUACGAUAUCGCUCUCGACAACAAAAACGUUUCUCGCCGUAUCAUCAAGGUUUGCGAAAGGCUUUUCUUUUGUUUACUCACUGAGCGAGCAUUAGAUAUUGAUACCGUAACUCCAGCUUACUUGCCUGUAUUCUUCGCAGAAAUGCAAGCUUUUGCUUAUGUUUGGUCGCCUUAG